AUGGCAAACUAUGCCACCCUUUUAAUCCUUUUAUUUAUUGCCUUGUCGAUGGCAACAAUUGGGCAUUGCAGUUGGAUCAGCGGUGGUGCUCCUCCCCCAGCUAGUGUAGGAGAAGUGGACCUAGGAUUCGCCGAUGAAUUAACAGAUGAACUCACCCCUGGUCCAAACGGCGAGCCCACCAAAGAGAAAGGUGGAGCCGCCUCUGGACCAGGACCAGCUGGCGAUUUCAUGAUCCAGGGAAAAAGAUCAAUCUGGGAGGGGUUUGGCGGUGUCGGGGGUGACUUUAUCAACCAAGGAAAAGCAAGCGUAACCCCUGACUCCGCUGAGACGUUUAUCGUCCAAGGUAAAAUUUACUGUGACCCAUGCCGCAUCCAAUUUCCAACCAAAAUCAGUUUCCCGUUGCGAGAUGUCAAAGUCGUCCUUGCUUGUCACAAAGAGAAUAGCGCUGAGGAAACUUAUAGGGUUGAAGGAAUGAGUGAUGAGAAUGGAAACUAUAAACUCAAGGCGGUUGGUGACCAUGCAGAGGAGAUUUGUGAAAUUAGUGUCACUGAAAGCCCAGAAAUUAAUUGUCCCGACCUUAUGGAUGAUGAGAACCAUGUUAGGGUUUCUUUGACCACCAAACAUGGAAUCAAAGGCAGAGCUCGGUUUGCUAACCCACUCGGGUUCAUGGCUGAAGUUGCCGAUCCACGUUGCAAGGGGGUUCUCGACGAGCUUGGUUUUACUGGAAUAUAA